CACUGCUUCCCCUCAUUGAAGAAGUGAGGAAGACUCAGCGCAGUGCCUUUGCAGCAUCGCCGUCACAGCGAGCGCACACACACAUACACACACUCACAGACAGGGGGUGGGGGGCUGCUGGUCAAAAAAAAAAAAAGGAAAAAAUAGUGAACGCAUUUCCUCCAGUGCUGACUGCAGGCCGACGACAACAAGCUCGGGUUCGUGCAGGUGACCCUUUCAGAGCCAUAAAGGCAUACUGUACGUGCCAACCACUCGUGUACUGUGCUCCCCAAAAAGCUCUUCCCGGAUUCCCUCUAAGAUCAAUUCUUCCCUGUUGGAGACCCUCUCCACCCCCCACACCCAACAGCCAUGGCAGAUGAUGCGGACAUGCGCAAUGAGCUGUCAGAUAUGCAGCAGCGUGCUGACCAGCUUGCCGAUGAGUCCCUGGAAAGCACCCGUCGUAUGCUGCAGCUGGUGGAAGAGAGCAAAGAUGCCGGCAUUAGGACUUUGGUCAUGUUGGAUGAACAAGGAGAACAACUGGAGCGCAUCGAGGAGGGAAUGGACCAAAUCAAUAAGGACAUGAAGGAUGCAGAAAAGAAUUUGAACGAUCUAGGGAAAUUCUGUGGUCUUUGCUCCUGUCCAUGUAACAAGAUGAAGAGCGGAGCCAGCAAGGCCUGGGGGAACAACCAGGAUGGGGUGGUGGCCAGCCAACCAGCCCGUGUGGUGGAUGAGCGUGAACAGAUGGCCAUUAGCGGAGGCUUCAUUCGCAGGGUAACAGACGACGCUCGAGAAAAUGAGAUGGACGAGAAUCUGGAGCAGGUGGGCGGUAUCAUUGGAAACCUGCGUCACAUGGCCGUGGACAUGGGUAACGAGAUCGAUACCCAGAACCGCCAGAUCGACAGGAUCAUGGAGAAGGCUGAUUCCAACAAGACCAGGAUUGACGAGGCCAACCAGAGGGCCACAAAGAUGUUGGGCAGUGGCUAAACGCCCCCGCCCCCUGGCGAGCACAACCCGUCCCGGUGUACGGCGCCGCACGUCACGCCGACAUGCUUUCAUCAUGAUAUUGACCUUCUAGGUUUGCACACAUGCACAUAUCACCCCCUCCUCCCCAUUGUAAAUGUCGUUCUGUGUGUUGUUUGUCGAGCUUUUUCAAGAUGAUUGUCCUCGUAAAAUGAUGAUUUCUUAUACUCCGUACAUCAUUCUUUCCAAAGGUUGUAUAUAGUGCUGAGUUAAUGGCGCUCUGGCUCACCUGUGAAGUUUUUAUUCUCUUGAUCUGAAUAUAUAUAUAUGUAUAUCAUAUAUUAUUCUAUAUCACAUAUAAUAUAUAUACACAUAUAUAUAUUGAAGUAUACUGCUAUGGAUGGCAAGUAUAUAACAGGAAUGCGAUACAAGCUAUUUGUUUGAAUUCUUCCUUUUUGAGUAUCUCAGUAUUGUCGUAGUAACGGUUUCACGUAGGCUACUGUCACGCUCUUUAUUUUAUGUGUUUCGUCACAGCAAAUGGGAGAAAACCGAUGGCAAGUCAGGAUUCGCUGAGUUGAAUACGAUUGCAAACAGUACUUACAAUCAUAAAAGGCAGUCGCUGGGUCAUUUCCCUCCAUUGCAAUCAUACUGAGUUUACUGUUUAGACAAUGUGCAACUAGAUUCUCUGUAGCUGUAUUAGGCAUUUGCAUUCCAAGUGAUGUGAAUUGUGCGUCCUCUGCAUGACAAAUGGUAGAUUUUAGUCUUCUAAAUAAAACCUGUCUGAAAAAAAUAUCUAUAAAAAAGGAUAACACGGCAGUAGCGACUUGACAAAACGCAUGCUCAGUAUUAGGACACUGUUGAUCGUUCCAUUCUUCCCUGCAAGUUUGCAAUAGUGCCACUCUUUCUGUCUUGAUAUAUUUACCGACUGUGACCAUCUUGUUGUAAAAUAAUGCAAAGGGAUCAAAAAAGUGAAAUGAAGAUGACGACAUAUGAAGAUUUGUGGUUGUAUUGCAAAAAAAAAAAGAAAAAAAAAAGACCUGUUUUCUAAACGAUUAUGCAGUUCUGUAAUGAGGAUGUUGAUUAAGUGCUGAAAGAGGAGGACUGGUUGUGUACUGUAACAUAGGUUUUGGAUGCUCUGAAAAUAAAAUAAACGUUUGCAAUGUAAAGCAAAGACGCAUAUUUCUGAGAGACCUUACUUUUAUAAGAAGACUGUACCUGUAAGUUUAUUCUCCCCGUGUGGUUUGUUAUUGGUAUAUAAAAAAAUAAAAAAUGACAAUGUUGACGACAACUAUACACAGAAACAAAAAAAAAAGAAAACACAAAGGGUUUUUGUUGCUUCUGUACUUUAGAGCUAUGCAUACCAAAUCUCCAAAAUGUCCCCUUAGUUAGAGUAAGUUGAUGAAUCCCCCAAACCUGAAUGACAAUAGAUUCAACUGUGAGAUUGAUGUCCUCAACGCAUGUUAUAUUAAAAGAUUCCCUCUCUGUAUCUUGUCAGUGUGUAAAGUGGUGGACAUUUUGUAGCUAGCUGAAUUGAUUAAAAGUAAUCAACCCU